GUGCUUUGACAGCAAAAUCGGCCUCGAAAGGCUAUUCUAACGAUAUUUUUAACAACAUUACUGCGUAAAUCUUAUUAAUAAAUCAUGCAACAAAUAACAGUUUUUAUGGAUAUAGAGAGUUCGCGGUCGUACGUGGACGAGCUGUACUCCUCGGAUGGAGCGAAGGUUGUGGAGGCGUUGGUGACGCUGAAGAAUUCUGUGAUCGGAAGUAACCGGCAGAAGAGCUCAGUGAUACAGCAGGGCAUCGUCCCGCGACUUCUACAGCUCAUGUCUGACGACACACUGGAUCCCAAUAUCAGGCUGGAAGCAACGAUCACUAUUGGUUCCCUAGCAAAAGGUACAACAGAGAAUGUAGCAUCACUAAUAGAACAAGGCACAGCAUCAGCCCUAGUGGAACUCCUGAAGACGGUUCCUAUUGGAACAAAGUUGGCUGAGGCAGCUCUUUGUGCACUGAGGAGUGUGUUUCUACACCCACCAGCACCCGUCAGUGCUCUGCCUGCUGACAUGAGACUGUUGACAAGACUGACCCAGAUAGCCCGAGAAGGUUCUCCGACAGCGCGAUCAUGCGUGGUUCGCAUCCUGUCCAUCUGGUGUGGCGGGCCGGCGGAACAAGAGGUGCUGUCGGCGGCGGGCGCGUGCGCCGCCGUGGCCGUCAUGAUCACCAGCAGCCGCCCCGCCGGCCCGCCCGCUGCCAGGGCGCUGCCGGCACUAGACCUGCUCGCCGCCAUGUGCUUCGAGAACGCUAACGUCGCCCAACUCGCUUUAAAUACCAGAUACGGCGACAAAUCAAUACCAGAACUGCUGACAUUCUUAGUAUCGAGAGACAAGCCGCUCCCGAUAGCGAUGGGCGCGGCGCGAUGUCUCACAUUCAUACAUAGAGCGGGAGCAUUGCCUGCAGACGACAACAGAGUGGUAUUUGGGGCGUUGCCCUGCCUAGCGAGGUUGUGCACUAAAGAAAUUCCGGAGGACAUCCGAGCGACGGCAGCUGAAACAUUAGCCUAUUUAGCAGAGGUGGACACGUCUCUGCAGAGGCUAGCAGCGAUAUCGAACCACCUGAUGUCGUCACUAGCAGACAUAGUCAACUGUCAGUCGCCGGCCGCGAAGCAGGGCGCGUUCAAAUGUUUCGCCUCCCUCGGGGCCAAUGACGAAGACAUUAGGAAAAGGAUCAUCGAGACACACGGCUUGAUGGUGCACGUCGUCAAUGGAAUGAAUAACCCUGAACCUUCGGUAAGAUUGGCCGCAGUAAGAUGUCUGCAUUCGCUGUCGAGAUCAGUGCAGCAACUCCGGACGACAUUUCAGGACCACGCAGUAUGGCGGCCGCUCAUGCAGCUUCUGAAUGACUCGCCCGGCACCGAGUUGCUGACGGUGGGCUCCUCAACGCUAUGCAACCUGCUGCUCGAGUUCUCGCCGGCCAAGGAACCCAUGUUGGACCAAGGUGCUGUAGAAAUGUUAUGUAAUUUGACGAAGAGGCCGGAGGCGGCAUUAAGACUGAACGGAAUAUGGGCGCUGAUGAACAUGGCUUUUCAGGCGGAGCAAAAAGUAAAACAGCGUAUACUAAACUGCCUGGGCACGGAGCAGAUGUUCCGACUGCUCGGCGACUCGGACACGCGCGUGAUCAUGAAGACGCUGGGCUUACUGCGCAACCUGCUCUCCACCAGACAACACAUUGACGCCAUCAUGAGCGAGUACUCGUCACAAGUUAUGCAGGCAGUAAUAGUAGUCCUAGAAGGCUCGUACCCGGCGGAGGUGAAGGAACAAGCUCUGUGUAUCCUGGGCAAUAUUGGAGACGGCGAGCGGGCUAAGGACAUGAUCAUGGCCAACGAAGAUGUGCUGAGGAAGCUCGUGGAUUAUCUGGCGCACCCGGAGAGCAAGCUGCAGGAGGCGGCGCUGUUCGUGGCGGGCAACCUGGCGCGGCGCGGGGAGGCGGGCGCCGCCGCGCGCCAGCAGCGGCUGGCCGAGCUGGGCGUGCUGCGGGCGCUCAAGCUGCUGCGGAACAAGGACAACGCGCACCACUUGCACGACCGAGUCAAGACGGCGUUGGCGCAAUUCAAUGACUUCACAUAAUAUAAGUGUCCCAAACGUAAACGUAUGAGGAGGCAGUGAGGGACUGCUUAACGCUUGUGAUCGUCUGCGGACAGUGAGCUAUCGAGUCAUACGUUAUUUACUAGUAGGCGCUUUUGGUGACGUAGCAAGCUUCAUAGAAUAAUAUCUUAAGACUUAACCUGGACAUGUAUUUAAUACCGUAAAUAUAAUACAGGCUGUUAGUGACAUCGUAUCGAAUACUGAGGGGGAUGAUUCAGACCAUGAUUCUGAGUUGAUAUCAAGUGGAUUUUUCCGUCGCUAAAUUCCUGUUCUUUUUAGUCUUAAAUUAUUUUCAAUUCUAUUCUUUAGCGAUGGAAAAUUCAAUUUGAUAUCAACUCAGAAUCAUGGUUUGAAUCAUCCCUCAAAGUUUUCGUUACGACGUCACUAACAGUCAUAUCCUCAGCUGUAAGCUUCUAGCCACCUGCAAGUCGACCCACAGCCCAAACCAGCUGAGGAUAGGGCUUUGUGGUGCGCCUUGGGAAGAGCCUAUGUCCAGCAGUGGACUCCAGUGGGCUGAUGAUGAUGAUGAUGAUGACGAUAUGGAGUCAUUAUACCCAGUAAACUAUACCUCUUAUCCAGGAUAAAAUGGUUCCAAAAAAUCUCAGUCUCGUAUCUCAUAGUCGUAACUCCAUUAAAAAGAAAAUUAGUGCAAAGUAGUCCCAAUAUGGUUACGAUGAUGUCAGGCACCGUAUGGUCACAGGCAAGCCUCUCAUUUUACAGGACACAACCAUAGAAUGAUGACCGGCUAACCCCAUCAUCAUCAUCACCAGCCCAUUAACGUCCCCACUGCUGGGGCACGGGCCUCCCCUAUGGAUGGAUAGGGAGAUCGGGCCUUAAACCACCACGCGGGCCCAGUGCGGAUUGGUGGUUAUUAACGACUGCUAAUGCAGCCGGGACCAACGGCUUAACAUGCCUUCCGAAGCACGGAGGAGCUCGAGAUGAAAACUUUUUUUUGUGGUCACCCAUCCUAUGACCGGAUAACCCCAUUCUAUUCUAUUUUUAGUUCAUCUUGCGAUGGAUGUGCUCCUGACCACCCUAAUUGGGAUAAAGUCGUGAUGUUAUGUUAUGACCCCAUCAUCGAUUAAAAAGGCCACAUCGAAGUAUUUCAUCUAAAAAAGCAACAUUGCUUUUUGACAUUUGUUUGCAUUGCGCACUUACUUUUAUAUGCGCAAAUGUCAAACUGCUUUUUGGAUGGAUUGCUUCGAUGUGGCUUUUUUAUCCCGUCAGUGGUAUAAUAUACUUAUUUACCAGUUACAUAUAACUAUUAAAAAAACAAUAUCGCAGUCUCUAUCGCCAACAUAUUUAUAUUUAUAAUGAAACUAAUUUAUAUGAACGAAGCUUGCUCCGUCGCCGACCGCGCCAGUAGACGCUAAGUAGUGUAAAUAGCUAAGUUCGCGUCGUAUUGACAACUAGAAGAGGAGUGUUGCUCGAAUUAUUUAUUUUAGUAUUUUUAAAGGAUUUUGUUUUUAUAGCACUCAUUCGUGCUUAGGGAAACUCACUAAGAGAAAAUUAAAUCAUCAAUUCUUCAGACUUCUUCGUUCUUCUUCUUGAUACUGGAGAUUCUUGAACCCACAGCUCUUGUUAAACCAUUACGAGCGUGUUAACCGUUACACCACGGGGUCCUCCUCCUGACCAUGCAAUUUUUUUAUUCUAUAUCAGCAUAAUGACAAGGGUUCAAGUCCCGUCCGAGUCAGACUUUUUCGGUUUAAUUUUCUCCUUGUUAGUAUUUUUAGUUCUCUCCAAACAUAAUGACUGUGAAUUUUGCUCGCCGUAAUAAUAUAUAUAUCUAUAGUAAUGUUUUCUGUUACCUUGUAUAUGCGGAAUGGUCGUUUAAAGAUUAUAAGUUCAAGUACCAAUUCCCAAUUCUGACUAACCCAAUUGGGAAUAUAGGCGUGAGCUUAUCUUACGUUAGAGUAAUCGAUUUGUGUAUAUUUGCAUCUUAUAUCGAUACUUUAAUAUAAUAUAAUCGAUUUCUUUAACAUAUCAAGCUCACUUA